AUGUGGAGAGUUGCUGCCCUGGCCUUUCUUGCCACCAGCUUCGCAAAGGAAGAGGAAAAGAAGAUUGAUGGACCGGUGAUUGGCAUCGAUCUUGGUACCACUUAUUCCUGCGUUGGCAUCUACAAGAAUGGCCGAGUAGAGAUCAUCCCCAACGACCAGGGCAAUCGCAUUACCCCUUCCUAUGUGGCCUUCACAGAUGAUGAACGGCUCAUCGGAGAGGCAGCCAAGAAUCAGGCCACCAUCAACCCUACGCAGACCUUGUUCGACGUGAAGCGCCUCAUUGGUCGACGCUUCAAGGAUUCCACGGUGCAGAAGGACAUCAAGCUCCUGCCAUACGAAAUCGUGGACAAGGCCAGCAAGCCAAUGAUCAGCGUCAAGGUGAAGGGUGAGGACAAGGUGAUGGCUCCUGAGGAGGUUUCCUCCAUGGUUUUGACCAAGAUGAAGGAGACGGCGGAGAACUACUUGGGCAAAGAAGUGAAGCAUGCCGUCGUUACUGUCCCCGCAUAUUUCAACGAUGCGCAACGCCAGUCCACCAAAGAUGCUGGCACCAUUGCAGGGAUGAACGUGUUGCGCAUCAUCAACGAACCCACCGCGGCGGCCAUCGCCUAUGGCCUGGACAAGAAGACAGAGAAGAACAUCUUGGUCUACGAUCUCGGAGGAGGUACCUUCGAUGUGUCCCUCCUGACCAUCGACAAUGGCGUUUUUGAGGUCGUAGCCACCAACGGUGACACCCAUCUGGGAGGAGAGGAUUUCGAUCAGCGAGUGAUGCAGCACUUCAUGAAGAUCUUCCAGAAGAAGCAUGGCAAGGACAUGUCCAAGGACAAACGUUCCAUCCAGAAGCUCCGCCGUGAGGUGGAGAAGACCAAGCGGGCGCUGAGUUCCACCCACCAGGCGCGACUGGAGAUUGAAGCCCUCUACGAUGGUGUGGAUUUCUCCGAGACCCUCACACGCGCGCGCUUCGAGGAGCUGAAUGCGGAUUUGUUCAAAAACACCCUGGGACCAGUGAAGCAAGUGCUGGAAGACUCAGGUCUGAAGAAGAACCAGGUGGACGAAAUCGUGUUGGUGGGUGGCUCUACUCGUAUCCCCAAGGUGCAACAGCUGAUCAAGGAUUUCUUCAACGGUAAGGAGCCCAACCGCGGCAUCAACCCGGAUGAAGCUGUCGCCUAUGGUGCGGCCGUGCAAGCCGGAAUCCUGAGCGGCGAGGGCGGACAGGAUCUGUUGCUGCUGGACGUGACCCCCUUGACUCUGGGCAUUGAGACCGUUGGAGGUGUAAUGACCAAGCUGAUCUCCCGAAACACUGUGAUCCCAACCAAGAAGUCGCAGGUCUUCUCCACCUACCAGGACAACCAGCCAGCAGUGAACAUCCAGGUCUAUGAAGGUGAACGGCCCAUGACCAAAGACAACCACCUCUUGGGCAAGUUUGAGCUUGGCGGGAUUCCGCCUGCUCCCCGUGGUCAGCCACAGAUUGAAGUGACCUUUGAGAUCGACAGCAACGGCAUUUUGAACGUAGGUGCAGAAGACAAGGGCACCGGAAAGAGCGAGAAGAUCACCAUCACCAACGACAAGGGCCGCUUGACGGAAGAACAGAUCGAGAAGAUGAUCCGCGAGGCCGAGGAGUUUGCGGAUGAGGACAAGAAGGUCAAGGAACGUGUUGAUGCGAAGAACGCCUUCGACGGCUACAUCCAUUCCAUGCGCUCGGCCACCGAAGGCUCCGGAGACAACAAGGGUCUCAGUGAAAAGAUGGAUUCCGAUGAGAAGGAGCAGAUUUUGGAUGCCCUCAAGGAUGGUCAGUCUUGGUUGGAUUCCAACCCAGAGGCAGAUGCUGAGGAAAUCAAGGAGAAGCACAAGGAGGUCGAAGGAAUUUGCGCUCCGAUCGUCUCUAAGUACUACGGCGGCGGUGGUGCUGGCGGUGCCGGUGCCGAGGAUGACGAGGAGGAGGCGCAUGACGAGUUGUGA